AUGGCUUAUACCAUCUACUCCUGCAUCGACCUACAUCUUGACGGCUUCGCCGGUGCCGUUCAUGCCGCCUCCGGACCGGAGAACCGGAGGGGCACUCGCAUCUACGAUCCCCCGCGCUUGCAGAAACUCGACCAGUCCGACAGCAUUUGCUCCACCUUUGACACGGACCUACCCGAGGGCGGCACUCUGGAUUGUGAAUACGGAGACACACAUCCAAUGCUUCUAAAGUGUGGUCAUAAUCGCCAGAGGACAAGUCUUGCGACGAAUGAUUGCCGUGGGAAUACGUUCCUUCGCCCCGAGUUUUAUCAUGACCUGGACAUCAAGGCAACCGGAUUCUCACAAGUCCUGCAUAGCCGCGAAUUGCCAUUUCCUGUCCAGAAAGUAUUGCCCAGCACGGAACGUGAAUCUGGUCCGAACAAAAGCAAGGAGCAGCAAGGCAUGACAAGAAGGAGCCGGUGA